CACCGAACGACCCGCCUCCGGUGACGCAUUUCCGGUCAAAGUCCUUUCCACUUCCGUCACACGUGAACAUGGCGCCCCCAGUGCCGCUGUUAGCAGUGCGUGGAUCAGGUGGAACGUCUCUGUUCUGUGGACCUCCAUCAUGCAAGGAGCACACCCCCUUCCACAGGGACAAAGCGGCGAGCAAGUGUGUGACAUUCAGCAGAGACGGCGCGUUGUUCGCUUGGUGCAAUGGACAAGUUGUCUCAGUGGUCAAAACGUCAGACGGCUCCCCGGUGGCAACCUUUGACCUUCCGAAGACCAUCCUGCUGCAGUUUUCUCCUCUCGGCAGCAUUCUGGUCACCUGGCAGCCAUACACCAAGAGUGCGCAGGCCGCUCAGGGCGACGCCAACCUGCAACUGUGGGAGCUGCCAAGCGGUCAACUCCUCAAAGCUUUCUUCCAGAAGAAGGUGGACUCGUGGUGUCCCAGCUGGUCCCAUGACGAGACGCUGGCAGCAAGGAGCGUCAACAACGAGCUUCACUUCUUUGAGGACAACGACUUCAACGCCAUCGCCAACAAGCUUCACAUGCAGAAGGUGACAGACUUUGCGCUCUCGCCAGGCAGCCAGCCCAGCAAGGUGGCCAUCUAUGUCCAGGGAAGCAAAGGCGCGCCAUCAUUUGUUCGCCUGUACCAGUACCCGGCGCUGGGCGGCCCCGGCGCGGCGCUAGCCAACAAGAGCUUCUUUAAGGCGGAUCGGGUCAGCUUGCUGUGGAACAAGAAAGCCUCGGCCUUGUUGGUGACGGCGAGCACGGAGGUGGAUAAAAGCGGCGCUUCCUACUACGGAGAGCAGAUGCUGCACUACCUGGCUGUCAACGGCGAGACGGCGCAGGUUCCGCUAGCUAAGAACGGGCCCAUCUACGACGCGGCGUGGAGUCCAAACUCUUGUGAGUUCUGCGUGGUGUACGGAUUCAUGCCGGCCAAGGCCACCGUCUUCAACCUCAAGUGUGACCCCGUCUUUGACUUUGGGACGGGACCUCGCAACGCCGCCUACUACAGUCCGCAGGGUCACAUCCUGGUCCUUGCCGGCUUUGGAAACCUGCGAGGCCAGAUGGAGGUCUGGGACGCCAAGAAGUACAAACAGGUGUCCAAACCUCAGGCUCCCGACGCCACCUACUUCUCCUGGUGUCCCGACGGCGAGCACGUUGUCACGGCGACGUGCGCGCCGCGUCUGCGCGUCAGCAACGGCUACAAGGUGUGGCACUACACGGGCUCCGUGCUGCACGAGUGGCAAGCGCCGGCCGGCUCCGAGCUGUGGGAAGUCCGCUGGCAGUCCCUCCCCGACGGCGUCUUCCCCGAGCAGGCGGUCAAGUUCCAGGCGGCGCCCAGUCAGCUGGGCAGCACGCAGGCCCCGCCCACGCAGGCCUACCGCCCCCCUGCGCUGAGGCACCUCCCGGCGUCGGCCAGCUCCAAGUUGCACGAGGAGGAGCCGCCGCAGAACCAGCGUCCGGCGGACAAGAACUUGUCCAAAGCAGCCCUGAAGCACCAAAGAAAACGGGAAGCUCGAAAAGCGGCCAAACAGAAGUCGCAGCCGGAGCCGGACUCCCCGUCGGACCCUCCGUCCGACCCCGCCCCCGUCGCCAACAGCCAAUCGGAGCCGAGCUCCGGCGUCUCGGAAACGGACAAGAAGAUCAAGAACGUCAAGAAGAAGCUGAAAGCCAUCGAGGAGCUGAAGGAGCAGCGAGCGUCCGGGAAAGCGCUGCAGAACAGCCAGUUGGAGAAGAUGCAGAGGGAGGCGCAGCUGCUGGAAGAGCUGAAGGACUUAGAGUUGGCACACUAAGGCCCCGCCCCCUGUCCAUCAUGCGACACACCCGCACCAAAGGGCGGGGUUAAGGCCUCCACCAGCCACUGGAGAACCAAUGGGAUGUUCUGUUUACGCCGCAGAGGAUCGUGGGGUAGGUCGGACACUGAAAUGCGCGAGUGGAACCACCCAAGUUUCAUUUUUAUGACGAGGGUGUGACUUUCACAAUAAAAGCCUCUUUUCCAC